GUCAGGGCUGGACUUGUUUCUCUAAGGGGAUCAGCAUCAGGGUGAGAAUAGCCCAGGGUGAGGCCUAGUAGGCAGAGUGUUUGUUUGACCUGAGUGACUCAGAGGUUGAGGGCUUUCAGUUUCCAUUUUGCUUCUCCGGGUAUAUCUGGGCCCAGAGGGUGUGUCUGGUUAUUGCAGAGACGCACAGCUAGUGGCUGCAUCUUCACAGCUGAGAACAACUGGAUCUUGUUCACACUCGGCCAGAGGAUGAUUCCUGGAGAAGAGGCAGAUGCACUAUAUGAAUAUCUGAAUGAGCUGAAAGCAGACUUGGCCAUGGGGGAUCAAGACACACUCCAGCAAGACCAGCUGGACAGGAAGAGGUUUCUGGAGGAGUUUCCUUGGGUGAGGCAGGAGCUUGAGGAGAGCAUAAAAAAGCUCCACGCACUUGCAGACAAGGCUGACAAGGUCCACAGGGACUGCACCAUCUCCAACAUUGUGGCCAACUCCACUGGCGCUGUGUCUGGUGUCCUGACCAUCCUCGGCCUGGCUUUGGCACCCGUGACAGCGGGGGCGAGUCUGGGACUCUUUGCCACUGGGUUAGGGCUGGGAGCAGCGGCUACCGUGACCAGUGUGUCCACCAGCAUCGUGGAACAUGUAAGCACGUUGGCAGCAGAAAACGAAGCCAGUCGCCUUACGUCAACUGCCGUCAACAAAGAGGUAUUUGAGGGGGUUGUACGUAACAGCACAGCCCAGUUUGCUUCCUCUACAAGGAGAGUCUUCCAAGCCGUGCAAGGCAUUGGGAACAAUGUCCGUGCCAUCAAGUUGGCCAAAGUCAACCCUGGCUUAGCAGCCAGGGCUAAGCGCUUCACGACCACUGGGCAAGUCUCAGUCAGAGGCGGCAAGCAGGUGCAGAAAGCUUUUGGAGGCACGGCUCUGGCAAUGACCAAAACGGCCCGGAUUGUGGGUGUGGCCACCGCAGGUGUCUCCCUUCUGAUGGAUGUGGCCUUCCUGGUGAAAGAGGCAAAGCACUUGCAUGAGGGAGCAAAGACGGAGUCGGCUGAAAGGCUGAGGCAGCAGGCCUGGGAGCUGGAGAAGAAGUUGGAGGUGCUCACCGGGAUCUAUGAGAGUCUGCAGUAGGGCCUGACUCAGCCACUCCCCAAGCUGUGCAGGGACCAGGGACACAUGCAGGGCUAAGGUGCAGAGGCACCUCGUUAGAGGGAAAAAGAGAGUGAGAUAAAAAGAUAAAAGAGGGGAAGCUGGGCUGGUCUCUCUGACUCUUGUUUUGAUCUGUUGGCUGGGCUAUGCCAUUUUCCUAGAAGAAGAGAAAUCCUUAAACCCUCUUGUAUUCAAAACAUGUAAUUUUCAUCCCUAAAUUCUCCCUCUUGGCUCGAGUUGAGUCACAAAACUUCAAGUACCGCUGUUCAAAAAUUAUUUCAAAAAAUCACAGAAUAAAUGUCACCUUUUG